UCUAAGCCGUUGAAAACAACGGUCAGAUUCAUGCGGCGCCUCGAAGUCCUCCGGGAUCCGAUUUUGGCUGGUGCUGGAGUAGCAAGGAACCUGUUUUUGCGCGGCCGGUGUCAGUGGAACGGAGCGUCAGCUGGUGCACACAAGGAAUGCUAUGCUUAGCCGCACAAAAGGAAGGCUCUGCCGCUCUCGAGCUGUCAUUGAACGUCAGCACGCGCAGAGCAAAGGGCAGCGGUGGAUGCACCACCACAAAAUCGGGCGCAGCACGACUCCAAACUGACCCCUAUGGUGAUGUUGAUCUGGGCGACGAUGUUGCUAACGAUGAUGACGAUGUUGAUGAUGAUGAUGAUGUCGAUGAUGAUGUUCGUGAUGAUGAUGAUUGUGAUGACGACGAUGAUGAUGAUGACGAUGAUGACGACGAUGAUGACGGCGAUGAUGACGAUGUUGAUGAUGGCGAUGACAACGGAGAGGACGAUGGUGGUGAUUUUGAUGACGACGACGAUGUCGCUGAUGAUGAUGAUGUUGUUGAUGACGUUGAUGAUGUUGAUGAUGAUGUCGAUGAUGAUGACGAUGUUGAUGACGUUGACGAGGUUGAUGAUGAUGUUGUUGAUGAUGAUGAUGAUGAUGAUGUUGAUGAAGAUGAUGAUGAUCACGAUGACAAUGAUGGUGAUGAUGAUGAUGAUGAUGAAAAUGAUGACGUUGAUGGUGGUGGCGACGAUGAUGGUGAUGAUGGGGGCAAUGAUGAUGAUGAUGAUGGCAAGCAAGAACCACGGGACCGCUCGAGAGGAAAGAACGAAAGGGAAUCAGAAGGGGACACAGAAACCAUAUGGCCCAAUGUCACCGACAUCCUUUCCCUCCGUCCCCGCAACUUGAAACAGGUGGCGCGACGCGGCCGCUCCCAUGGGCCGGCAAACAUGCCUGACACGAGGGCAGGCAGAACAACACUUUACCUUGAAGAGGGCACAGCGCACACGAUGACGCUGCUCUUUGACGGCUCACAGUUCUUCGAGGAGGCGCAGUUCUUCGACGACGGCGAAGCGCACACGAUGGCGCAACUGUUCGACAAGGGCUCAGCGCAAACGGCGGCCGGCUCCCCGUUGUUGGCGAAGUUGGGAAAGCUCAGCGUGCAGGACAUGGUUCAGCUGGUGAAGUACGACCGCGUGCUGGUCCGGUUGUGGAAUUGCUACCAAUUCAAGCACGAGAAGAGGCCGGACGCGGACUGGAUCCAAAUGUACCCUUUCCUGAAAUCGAGGUCUGCCGUGUUCAAGAAGUUUGAAGGUCAGGCAUUGGAUGACGAGUUGUGGGAUAACAGCAGGAAACACGUUUCCCACUCGGCGUUGUUCAAGGACUGUCCGCCGUACAUGGGUUGCGACCAGGACAAGUCGAUUGAGGUGACGGAGAAGUUGGCGGGCCACAAGAAGUUGUCCGUUGACUGGAGAAAUAAGGUUCUCUCCGUGUUGAAUGGAAGCAGACUGAAGAGCCGGAAAGUCGCACUUGUCGAAGGCGCAGUUCACAUUAAAUGGAAAGACACGGGGGACGUGACAUCCCUCGCGCCGUUCGCCAACGACCCUUUAGAGGCGGACAUCAGGGGCGCAGAGUUGAAGGAGGCAGUGGCUGCCACAAAGAGCCACACGUUCGUCCUCGAUCUGUGCGAGCCGGUUGACCUCAAACUGUGGAAGCCCCAAGCGUGGGAGACUUUGAAUUCCUAUCUUCAGACGUGGUGUCCCUCGCAUUGGACUCUCGUUGUUUUCGUGCCGCGGCAACACAACCUGUCGUUUCUCGCCAGCAUGCACCAUCUUUCUUUCGUCAAGCUGUUGGAAGGGAAGUGGGUGCGGAGAGUGCAGCAAAAAAAAAGCUUCCCCAUUGGGAACAAUUUGUACACGGAGGAAGACCGCAUGUACAUCCUCUUCAAGGGUGACGAUCUGCGCAUCAACACGUCCGUGGUCUACGAGGGAAACCUGCCCACGGGUGCCGCUGCUGCGGUGCGAUUGCCUCAGAGGGUCACCCAGACGGAUGUGUCCGAGAUUCCUUUCACGCCUUGCGACUGUUCCUGUACUUCGUGGAGUCCGAGGAAGUUGAAGUUAGCCAGUUAUGCUUCCCUGAUCUCCACUGACGACGAGGAAGCCAUAGGUGUGGAGUUUUUUACCAACGCGAAGGAGGAGGAGAGCGACACAGAGAGCAUCGACCUGCAGUACGACCCGUCUCCGGCGAACCACGGACGAGGGUCCUCGUCGGCCGGUCCAUCACCAAGCGCUGCAGCCCUCGUGUCACCAUUGUCCAAACGGGCGCCGGCCACCACGCUGAUGAAGUUGCUGGAGAGACUUAGAGCUCUGGCCGCGCCCCCGCCCGCUUUGCAUCCCGGGUCCGUUGUCCCGCCCGAUCAUCCGUCAUGGAAGGAUGACAACAUCCACUUCCUGCUUGAACCGCAACGUCAUUCACCUGAGCAGGACUGGGGCCAUGACAUGGUUUGGCAUCCGGGAGUCAUCCAGCCAGCGAUACGAAAUGGCAAGUGGUUCAUGGCCGUGGCAAUCCCGGGCGCGGGAUGGGUGUCAUUCCCACGCGAGUCGAAGUCCAACUUCCUGCACCUCGCGAGGAUUUCGGUCCUCCAGAAAGUGAAGGUCGAAAAUGACACUUUAGCACUCGGUGACCUGUCCCUCAUUUCCACUGCCGGUCGACUGUUUGACGAGCUUCAGGACAAGUGCUGGUCGGAAUUGACGGAGGACUACUACGAGCUCGACACGAGUCCGUCGAAGGGCGUGGUGGACUGGAAAGUGCCCCCUCCUAGUGGGUCGGACGGUGGUUCCGGGGGGGGGUCACCUGGAAGUGGAGGGGAUGGGGGUGGCGACGCAGGGGGUGGCAAAGGAAUCCCGCCUAUAGGGGAGAGAGGGUCUCACGGCCGCAACACGACACCGGGAGGCAGCGCCCGGGUGGCGGGUUUCGCCGUCGACCGGACUCCAUCGACAGGCACCCGGCCCGAGCACACGACACACUCCGCCGACCCCCAGACUUCGUCCGUGGGCUCAGCGAGGGACACGUUGGCAGCCUUGGUUGCUCUGGGCAUUCGCUCAGCCGGAAAGCCGAAGUCCGCCGGGAUCCGAACUACGUCGGGUGAGAAGCCGCCAGAGCGGUCCGGAAUGCGAAGUUGCUUGGGGUCGGGGGAUCCAAGCACGGAUCGAGAAAUUCGCAGCAUUGCGGCGCGGGACGGCGACGUCGGAACGGUGUCGCCUGAGCGGGAGCGACGACCGCAAGGAUUGCAGCGGGAGGCUGCAAGUGCAGGGUCCGGCGACACGGAGACCACGAAGGGCAGCGUGCACGGGGACGGAAGGGCGGUCCUCGCGAUUCGACACGGGUACCGCGGAAGGGGACGAGUUUCGUGGGAGGAAGUAGGGGAGGAAACGGAGGAACAGAAAGGAGCGCAAGAAGGGAAGGAAGAAGGGGAAGAAGAGGUGGAAGGGAAGGAAGCGGGAGAAACGGAGCUAAUUGAUUUGUUUGAAGGAAGGGAGGGUGCCGGGUCUGGAGAAGACAAAGUGGAACACAGUGAGGACGAUGCCGGAUCUGGAGAGUCGUCUGACGAGUUCGGACAACUGUACGGAGAGCAUCACGAGGAUGAUGUCGACGACGAUGCUACGGCAAUAGAGAUGGAGACACAAGUGGUCAGCAGCCUUUCUGCAGAGCCAGAGGAUUAUGUGGUCCGGCCACUGACGUCUGCUGUCGACUUGCAGCACCGGUUCGACGAGGCUUCCGUCGCUAUCAGCCCGUCUAAAAAAAGUCGACGUAUAAGCAUCGACGAAGUUAUCGACGGUAUCCUCGACGACCACAACGUGUCUGCCCGUCCGUCCGCAACUACCAACGUCGCAUUUUCCGUGGCAGAUGCCCUCGCUUCGUCGCCGCCGAAGUCUCUGGUGCUGCAGGCCACCCUUGCCGCCGAAGGGGAAGGCGAGUGCGGUGGAGGACGGCAUUUGACGUCCCCAAAAAAAUCGAGGUUCGGCGGUCAGGCUCUCGACGUGCUCGCUUUGCCUGCGCCAAAUUCACCAUCGAAGGAGCGGAGAGAGAAACAGACUGGUAAGCCGUGAAGAAUGCCUGCGCAUCCGGAUGUC